AUGGGCAUGGGCGCCACCGCCCUCUGGCGCCCGCGCUGGAUCGAGUUUCCCGAGCUGACCGUGCGUGCUGAUGUCGUGGUGCGCGCCCCCACGGUCGAGGCGGCCCUGGGCCACUUUGCGGCGCUGCUGGAGGGAGACCUGGAAGAUCUGGUCGAGGUGCCUGUCUACUUUGUCGAAAGCCUCCACUUCAUUGACCCCGCCGCCGAGAUGGGGCGCACAGCAGGCGAGCAGGAUGCGCAGGGUCACACGCCCCAUGGGGCGGCGCCCCCGAUGUCUCUCGAGGCGCUGCGGGCGGCGCCAGAGGCGUCCCGGCAGACGCUGCAGCGCUGCGUUUUGGGGGGCUGCUGCAUCGAGGUGCGGGGCGUGGUGAUGCUGGAGGCGCCACAAGACGCCCGGGACAUCAAAGUGCGCAAGGUGCGGUUCGAGGCCGCAACCAAGAGGUAUUACCUUCAUUACAUAUUCAGCGGCCCGCAGCCGGCAGCCGCAGCCGGCGACCAAGCGUCGCCCGGCCAGAAGUCUAAGGCGGGCGGCGCACGGGGCCGCGGAGGUAAAGGCAGCCUUCCGGCGAUGAUGGGCACCAGGGAGGCGAUGCUCAAGACGCGGCCGGCGCACUAUGGGACAGCGGCCCCGCACGAGGCGCUGUUUGAGGGUUUCUUCCUGGACCCCGGCACGGCGCGCCAGUACAGCGCCCUCUGGACUGGCGAGUACGGGGACCCAUACUCGCUGCCCUGCUUGGAGGCCAACGCGGCCCGCCUCAUUGACCUGAUCGAGGCGAGCUUGCGGCAAGGGGCAAACCUGGAGGGCUUCCGGCGGAUGCUGCUCCUGGUGCUGCUGCAGGACCGCUCUGCGUGCGCCCCGGGGCCGCCGCGGAACCCUCCGCCCCUUGCUCCCCUGGAGGACCUCGUGAUCCCGCGGUCUGGGGCGUCUGAGAUGGGUAUGGUCCUGAGCACCGCCACCAACCUGCUGCGCAUGCUCAACUCUGGGGCGGCGGACAUCUCGGGGGUGGUGCGAGAAGUCCAGGCGGUGCUCAUGGUCGCGCGCCUCUGGCCGCCAAGACGGCUGCAGCUGAUCGAGCAGGGGGAAGCGGCGAUGCGCGGGGAGGACGGCGCCCCCGCGGCGCGGGGCUCGGCCGGCAGCCGGUCGGACGCCGGGCCGGCGGCGCGGCACUCCAGCGAACAGCACGCGGCAGCCGGCCAGGGGCGGCGCGCGUCGCAGCUGCACCUGCAGCAGCAGAGGCGCUUGAGUGGUGCGGGGGUGCGGCGCCUCAGAGACGACGACGACUCGACGCCUCUGGCCAGGCUGGAGUGGCUCCACAAAUUCCAGAUGGAGGCCAAGCUGCUGGAGCAGCUGACACAGCUGGCGCCCCGCAUGAGCGCCAGCAGCGGCAAUGGCACCUUUGCAGGCGCGUUUGCCCUCCAAGCCCCAGCCUGCGACAGCCGCGAGCUUGUGCGGCAGCUGCCCAUCGCGGUGCCGCCCACCGCGGCGGAGUGCCAGGCGGCCAUCAGCGCGGCGCAGCCAACGGUGCACACCCUCCAGCGCCUGAUGGAGGCGACAGAGCUGAGCCUGGCGGACGGCCUGCUGGACCGCUGCCGCGACACGUGUGGAGGCGCUGGCGCGCCCAGCGCCUGA